AUGCACGAUCUGAAAGGAAAGAUAGCUCUAGUUAUUGGUCUUGGGCAAUCGGGAGAUGAGGGCUGGGGUAUCGGUGCAGCCUGCGCCGUUCUUUUCGCUCGUCAAGGAGCUAUUAUCUUCGGCGGGAACCGCACCAUCGAGUCCACACAGAGAACCCAACGAACGAUUGAGCAAGAAGGUGGUGUGUGCCAUGUCGAAGUCACUCAAGCGACCGAAUCGGGAUCGGUGAAGCAUCUUGUCGAAGCCUGCGUUGCCAAACAUGGUCGCAUCGACAUCCUCCUGACGAACGUGGGCGCCUCACAGCCUGGAUGUCCGGCGACCAUGGAAGAAUCCGUAUGGGAUUCGCAGAUGGAUCUCAAUCUCCGGAGUGUAUAUCUGGCCUGCCACCACGUCCUUCCCAUCAUGGAAGGGCAAACCUCCGGUGGCGCAAUUGUCUGUAUCUCUAGUGUCGCCGGUAUGCGAUAUAUAGGAAAGCCGCAAAUUGCAUAUAACACCACCAAGGCUGCGAUAUUGCAGUUUGUGAAAGCCACGGCAGUCAUGUAUGCUGACAAGGGUGUACGAUUGAACACAGUCGUACCGGGGCUUAUGGACACACCGUACACGAAGAGCAUGGCAGCUAGAUAUGGGAAAGAUUACAAGCAACUCAAAGCAACAAGGAACAAGCAGGUACCAAUGGGCAGAAUGGGCGAUGCUUGGGAUGUUGCAAAUGCGGCGCUCUUUUUGGUCUCGGACGAAGCGAGCUAUGUCACUGGACAAAAGAUUGUGGUGGAUGGAGGCAUUACCUCAAGUACUGGUAAAGUUUAGACCGUUCUUCGUAACUUUGGUAGAUAUUG